CUAAAUGUUAGAAUGGAAGAGAACAAUCCCCUUGUGGCCAAUAGCUUUGAAUUUUAUUUCAUUUAGUUAGUAAUCGCAGAUCGCAUUCUACACUGACAGAGAGCCUGGGGAGGUUUUAGUCCAUGUCAAUUAGACAUUUGCUCAGAUUGGUUUGGCCGCGAGAGGGGAAAGUUCUAUAGAAGAAAGAUAGAAACAUGUAUAAAACGAGCUAUUUGCACAAAGUGCAUAAGAAGAAAUAUGAAAGAUCUGAUGGACUUGAUGAGCAAAGUCUGGUAGAUUUUAGCAACCUUGGCAUAGAUCAGGCUCAAGGCCUAGGAAACCUGCAGGAUCUAAAUGAAAGGUUUGCCAAUUAUAUAAAUCGCGCUAGGGUGCUAGAACAAAGAAAUGCCAUCUUCAGGAAGCAGCUGGAGACAUUCCAGAGAAUGGAUGAAAUGUCUGGCUUGGAGGAAGCAUUUGCGGAACAGAUUGAGCUGAAUCGGCAGAGAAUUCGGGAGUUAUCCUCUGAUCGAUCUAAACUUGAACGGGAGUAUAAGGAUGCCCAAAGAAUGGUUGAUGAAUUUAAAACCAAGUAAGAUUUUUCUUCAUUAUAAAAAGAUGCAUAAAUACUGCUACAUUUUUGUUUAAUCCUUUCUCAUGGGAUAAAAAAACAGCCACAUUGAGGUAGAGGACAUGCAUGAAGGCUUCGAUUGCAGUCUGUAGUUCCCUAAUUAAAUACAGAUUUCUGGUUUUAGAAAGGUAACUAUAUUAAUUUUAAAUGAGCAUUAUAUCUACUUACACACACACACACACACACACACACACACACUAGAUUGGAUUAGCCGUUUUAGCCCAGUAGUCAAGAUACCAAAAUACCAGUCUUGGAGUAUUGCAGAAUGCAAUGAUACCUUUUUUAUUGGACUAACAUAUUUUAAAUACAAGCUUUUGAGAGUUUUCCUCUCUUCUUUAGGCCUGAAGCAAUACUGAUCAAUCUGAUAGAGUUUAACACUUAAAACAACUGAUGUUAAAGAAGGGGAGGGAGGGGAGGUGGGGUGUCAUAAAUAGCAGAAGAUGUGUCCGAAAGUAAAAGGCACAGGCCGCCCGUGAACACCCAGAAAAAGUAAACAAACAGAGGAGAGUAAACAAGCUAGCUAAAAAGAAAAAAAUUACAAAAAACAAAAACAAAAACCAGCAGAGCAGGGCAUGCAAGCACACAGUUGCACACAUGUACAUAUGCAAAUUGAUCCAAUAAAGGUGAAACGAGAAUAUUGAAAAAGAACUAAAUAAGACAUUAAGAUGUGUCUUUAUAAAAUGUUUUGAUAGUGUGUGAGAAAGCCAGAGUCCUUCAUUUCUGCUGUUCGUACAUGUUCGUACAUAUCUGUGGCACAGACCGUGUUCCUGGGUACACAGUUAGCGCCUUACUAUACUACUUCCUGCUGGCCUUAGGGGUUUUUCACCCACUUUACUCUCCAUUACCCCCCCCCCACCAACUUGAUUAUAUUUAGUUUGACCAGAUACCAAUUAUACGUGGGUGUAUCAGCCUCACUACUCUAGGUGAUACGCGCCUCGCUUCCUCUUAUCUUUAAUGAAGCAUCUACAGCUUUUCACUCCCUCCAGUCACCACGACCGGCCUAGCAUUUUAUAAAGGAGUGGGCAGCUAAUACGUACGCUUCUGUAAUUAACAGUUUACUAUAUUUUCCUUGUUUUCUUGUAAUAUUCUUAAAAAUGUGCCAGUACCAUUCAUGUCACAAUACUAUGUUUUCUCAGUGAAAAGCUUGUUGUCGCUGUUGUGGCCCUUCAAGCCAGUCUGGCCCCUGUGAAGUUAAAUCCUAUCGCAUGGCUUCUCUGCUUUGUUCGAGGGAGUGUUCCUCAGACAACCACAUAUUUCCACCUGUGGUGGUAUUGCAUGAAAAAUCCACCCAUUUGAAGAGGAGGUGUUCUCUACUUCACCCAGGUCAAUGUUUAGCCUUACUGAACUGUGUCCACAAUAAACAUAAACUAUCUAGAAGGUCCUUGAAACUAGUAUACAAAAAAUACACAACAGCAUGCGUGAAAAAAAUGUAAAAGCACUGUCCACAUACUAAAUCUAUAAUAAAACUUGGCACAUAAAAUCUGUAAAAAAAAUUUGCAGCACAAAUUCACGAUACAGUUGCCAAAUAGAUGAAUGUUUGGGAGUCUCGGAUAAUGAAGUAUAUGCAAUUUAGAACCCAAUUCCAACCUUUCCAGUAAAAAUCUGCUUUAAGCUGUUGUUAACAACAACAUCCGAUAAAUAUUACAGGAAACUUUGUUGCCAUUUUUUAAUGGCCUACUGCUAUUAAUGUCUACCGAACAACAAAGAGAUUACAAUUGUGAACAUUGAAAGAAAAGUACUUGGAACAAUAAAUUACCAUAGCAACUACAAAUGGGCCAAAACUCUUUCAGUGCCGCAGCGGAGAGCUUCUGUCUGUGACUGAAUGGAAAUAAAAACUUACAAGGUGUAAUUAUCAGUGUGACCUGCACCUUCAAUACACUUUGAAUGUGUGUCUUAUACAUUUGUAAUUAAUUGGUUUGAACUACAUUUGUUGACACAUUAACAUAACUGUUGUCACUAUUUGUGUUGCAAACCAGGAGUUCAUUGAAGAGUGUUAGAAAACCAGGAGUUCAUUGGAGAGUGGUUUGUAUACUGUGGAGAGUGGUUUGUAUUGUAUUUUUGUUCAAUCUAUUCAAUUGGUAAAGUUUAAAAAAAAAAAAGUUUUGUUUUUUAAUUUUUUAAUUUUUUAGUAAAAUUUUUUUUCUGUGUUCUGGUUUCCCCCCCUUUUUUGUGCUGCUGCUUGAUUGAUUGGGGGAGUGUACAUUAAUUGCACCUGUGUGGGAUUUGCUUGCUCUCAUUACUUGAAAGCAGCCUCUAUGAAGUAGACUCUUUCAAGUAGGAGUUAGAAAACCAGGAGUUGAAACUAACAAGCUAAUUGUUUUAUUGUUCUGUAUCUGGGGAAAUGAGUGUUAGCAAGAUUGCUGGUUUGACUCAAUGCACAUCUUGUUGCAUGUAUGGAUGCCUGGAUGUACCCGUCCAGGGUCCAUACCUCUGUGAUGGUUGUGUGCGAGUGGCUUCUCUGGAAGCUCAGAUUGGAGAUCUUGAGAAGCAAAUCACAACUUUGAGGGAGAUUGAUAAUCUUGAGAGGAGUCUACUGCUCACUGAGCAGAGUUUAGUGGGGACAGGUAGUGGAGAGGGAGGAGAUAAGACAGAUGGGGAACAGGCAUGUAGCUGGGUGACAGUGGGGCGAGGAAGCUGGGGGGGAGGGAAGAGGAAAGGGCUAGCUAGUCCUGAUUUGGUGCAACCUAGCAGAUUUGCCCAUUUGAGUGCAGAUGUUGGGAGCAUCAGCUCAGGAGUAGCUGUAUUAGAGGAAGCUGUUACUUGUAACAUCCGAGGUAACAGCCCCCCUAGUAUGGGUGGGGAUCAAAAUGUAAGGAAGGCAAGACAGGAUGUGGUGGUAGGGGACUCUAUCAUUAGGAGAGCAGAUAGGGCAAACUGCUGCUCUGAUCGGCUAAACCGGACAGUUUGCUGUCUCCCGGGUGCUCGGGUCCGGCAUGUUGCUGACAGAGUGGAUGGAUUAUUGGGAGAGGCUGGGGAUGACCCAGCGGUCAUGGUCCAUGUUGGUACCAAUGACAAUGUAAGAGGAAGAUGGAAGGUCCUAAAGAAUGAUUUCAGAGAAUUAGGUAGUAAACUUAAGAAAAGGACCUCCAAGGUGGUAUUCUCUGAGAUAUUACCUGUGCCACGCUUUAUAGGUAAAUAUCUGCUUGGGGGAAAAGAAGGGAAACCAACUAUUGGUUGGGAUAUGUUAUAAACCACCUAAUGUUAAUAUUGACGAGGAACAACAGCUGUUUGAGCAAAGUGAGAAAGCUGCAAAUCUGGGUAACAAUAAUUAUUGGAGAUUUGAAUUACCCGGACAUAAAUUGGGACAGAGGGACUAGUAGCUCAGCAAAGGGAAUUAGCUUUUUAAACUUGGUAAAUAACACCUUUAUGUCACAACUUGUACAAGCACCAACUAGAAUGGACACUUGUCUGGACCUGGUUUUAACAAACAACGUUGAUCUUUUGACCAACAUUCAAGUAGGUGAGCACUUGGGAAAUAGUGAUCACAAUAUAGUGUCCUUUGAAAUAAACUCAAAAAAACUAAAGCACAUGGGGUAUACUAAAACAUAUAAUUUUUAAAAGGCCAAUUUCAAUAAGUUAAGGGCAGCUUUACAAUAUAUUGACUGGCAUAAACUCUUUAGUAAAAAGAACACUGAGGAUAAAUGGAUCAUCUUCCAACAAAUAUUAGAAAGGUACAUUUCUCAGUAUGUACCAUUGGGAAAUAAAUAUAAAAGAAACAAAUUAAAACCAAUGUGGUUUAGUAGAGAAGUAAAACAAGAGAUUAAAAAUAAGAAAAGGGCAUUUAAAUCGGACAAAUCGGAUGCAUCUUAUAAAAGAUAUAAGGAAGCAAAUAAUGCGUGUAAAAAGGCAAUUAGACUUGCUAAACUUCAAAAUGAAAAAAUGAUAGCUAAAGAGAGCAAAACCAACCCCAAAGCAUUUUUUAAGUACAUAAAUUCUAAAAAAAACAAAAAUGAAAGUGUAGGUACACUAAAAACUGAAACGGGGGUGUUAAUUAAUGAAGACCAGGAAAAGGCAGGAAUUUUAAAUAACUAUUUCUCCUCCGUAUAUAUUAAGAAAGAACCCAUGGCAAUAGAUGUGCAAAUGAAUGCUACUAAAAACUUGAAGAAUAAUUGUAAUUGGUUAGCUCAAGACAAGGUGCUGCAGCAACUAAAAAAAGUUAAUAUAAAUAAAGCUACAGGGCCUGACGGUAUCCAUCCACGUGUACUUAAGGAACUAAGUGCAGAAAUAAGUGAACCUCUGUUUUUAAUCUUUCAAGAUUCUUUUCUUUCAGGAAGUGUUUCGGAGGAUUGGAGGAAGGCAGAUGUGGUUCCUAUAUUCAAAAAGGUUCAAAAUCCUUGCCUGGAAAUUAUAGACCUGUGAGCUUAACUUCUGUGGCUGGGAAAAUAUUUGAAAGGUUAUUAAGGGAUAAUAUUCAAGAAUUCCUUGAGAAGAACAUGGUUAUCAGCAAAAAAUCAGCACGGUUUUAUGAAGCACAGGUCAUGUCAAACUAACUUGAUUGCGUUCUACGAAGAAGUAAGUAGAAGUAUAGAUCAGGGUGUUGCAGUGGAUGUGAUCUAUUUGGAUUUUGCCAAGGCAUUUGAUACAGUUCCACACAAUAGAUUAGUGUUCAAACUCAAGGAAAUCGGUCUAGAUGAAAAUGCUUGUUCUUUGGUAGAACAUUGGCUUAAAAACAGAGUACAAAGAGUUGUCAUUAAUGGUAAAUUUUCAAGCUGGACAGAGGUGGCAAGUGGUGUCCCUGAGGGGUCUGUUCUGGGACCCCUUCUAUUUAACAUGUUUAUAAAUGAUCUUGAAGACAGCAUUGAAAGUCAUGUUUCAGUGUUUGCAGAUGACACAAAACUUUGUAAAAUAAUACAAUGUGAGCAAGAUAUCACUUUGCUGCAGAGGGAUUUAGAUAGACUGGGGGACUGGGCACUCAAAUGACAGAUGAAAUUUAAUGUUGAAAAAUGCAAAGUUAUGCACUUCGGCGUAAAGAAUACACAAGCAACGUAUACCCUUAAUGGAAGCGAAUUGGGGAUAACAACACAUGAAAAGGACUUGGGAAUUGUUAUCGACAACAAACUAUGCAACAAUGUGCAAUGUCAAUCAGCAGUGGCCAAGGCCAGUAAGGUAUUGUCAUGCAUGAAAAAAGGCAUUCAUUCUCGGGACAAGAAUAUAAUUUUGCCUCUUUAUAAAUCACUGGUAAGACCCCAUAUUGAAUAUGCUGUGCAAUUUUGAGCACCUGUUCUAAAGAAGGAUAUUAUGGCACUAGAAAAAGUGCAGAGGCGGGCUACAAAAUUAAUAAAAGGAAUGGAACAUAUCGGCUAUGAAGAAAGGUUAACAAAUGUAAACCUAUUUAGUUUAGAAAAACGUCACCUGAGAGGGGAUAUGAUAACAUUAUACAAAUAUAUUCGGGGACAAUACAAGCCAUUGUGUGGAAAUCUAUUCACAAACCGGACCUUACAUAGGACACGAGGCCAUGCAUUUAGACUGGAAGAAAGAAGAUUUUGUCUAAGGCAAAGGAAAGGCUUUUUUACUGUGAGAACAAUCAGGAUGUGGAAUUCUCUGCCUGAAGAAGUGGUUUUAUCAGAGUCCAUACAGAUGUUCAAACAGCUACUAGAUGCAUACUUGCAAAAACAGAAUAUUCAAGGAUAUAAUCUUUCAAUGUAGGGUAAUAACCACUUGAUCCAAGGAUAAAUCUGACUGCCAUUCUGAGGUCAAGAAAGAUUUUUUUCCCUAGCUUGUUGCAAAAUUGUGCUUCAAACUGGGUUUUUUUGCCUUCUUUUGGAUCAACAGCAAAAACAAAUGUGAGGAAGGCUGAACUUGAUGGACGCAAGUCUCUUUUCAGCUAUGUAACUAUGUAAUAUAGUAUCUCAAAAACCUGGAACAGGUAUAAAUGUGGAUUAUUCCUUUACUCGGGCGAUGUAACUCUGCACAAUUUGUACUUUCUUAAUAAAGUACCACACAACUGAUAAACAAAAUGCACAUCAAAAAUCCAAUGUUUUGUGUGUGAGUACAAAAAAAUUACAUAAAAUUUUAAAACGAUGUAUCAGACAUUGGUAGCAGAAUAGCCAGAUGAAAAGUGUAAAAGUAACUCUAGAAAAAUACCUUCGGGUAUCUACUUUACAUAUAUCACAUCAAAUUGGAAGUUCUAAAGGGUUAAUCUUUUAUCUUUGCAGUCUUUUAUUUUUUUUCAUAUCAAUUCCCCAUUGUUUAAAUAAAUAUUAAAAUCCCAGCAGCUUCUUCAGCAGAAGCCACUGAGGAAGUGUCCUCUGCUAAAGUAAAACUGAUAUUUUGUUCAGCCCACGGACCAAUAUUGUACUGAACUUGAGUGUGGAGGUAUAUAUACAUAUCUAUUUGGUAAGUAGUGUAACAUGUAAAUUGUGAGUGGCUGUAUGAACUGGAUAUGGACUAUAUGGACUGGGUGAAUGGCUGUCUUGACUGGGUGAGUGGCUUGAUCGACUGGGUGAGUGGCUGUAUUGUUUAGGUGAGUGGCUAUAUUGACUGUGUGAGUGGCUGUAUUGACUAGGUGAGUGGCUGUAUUGUUUAGGUGAGUGGCUAUAUUGACUGUGUGAGUGGCUGUAUUGAUUGGGUGAGUGGCUAUAUUGACUGGGUGAGUGGCUGUAUUGUUUAGGUGAGUGGCUAUAUUGACUGUGUGAGUGGCUAUAUUGACUGGGUGAGUGGCUAUAUUGACUGAGUGAAUGGCUGUAUUGACUAGGUGAGAGGCUAUAUUGACUAGAAAAGAGGCUGUAUUCACUGUAUGAGUGGCUGUAUUGACUAGAUAAGAGGUUAUAAUAACUGGGUUAGAGGCUGUAUUGACUAGGUGAGUGCAUAUAUUGAUAUUAUAAGAGGCUGGAUUGACGUGGUGAGUGGAUGUAUUGACAGGAUAAGACUGUAUUGACGUGGUGAGUGGAUGUAUUGACAGGAUAAGACUGAAUUGACUGGGUGUGUAGAUGUAUUGACUGGAUAAGAGGUUGUAUUAACUGGGUGAGUGACUGUAUUGACUGGAUAAGAGUGGAUGUAUUGACAGGAUAAGACUUUAUUGACAUAGUGAGUGGAUAUAUUGGCAUGAUUAGACUAUAUUGACUAAGUGAGUGGAUGUAUUGACUGGAUAAGACUGUAUUGACGAAGUGAGUGGAUGUAUUGAUAUGAUAAGACUGUAUUGACUGGGUGAGUGGGUGUAUUGACUGGGAUUGUAGAUGUAUUUUACUAGGUCAGUGGAGGAGAAAGUCCAUUCUUGUGGCUGUCUGUCUGUGGUUUUUUUGAGGCUGGCAACCAGUCUAUCCUCAUUAAAACCUAGAUUCUGUUGGAUGAGAUGACUUUAUCUGUUGGGAUUGAAAACUAUGGGAAAACUACUAUUUAAUUACUUGAGAAAGGAUAAUUUAAUCUAACAGAAUCAAACCAUAAAAGGAAAAAAAUGUGUUUUUUUUAGAUUUUUGUAGACUACAAUUCAGGGCAAAGCAGCAGCAGAUUUAAAGUUAUUUAGAUUUAAUUUCAUUACAUGUAUAUAUAAAUACACUAUUAAUAUACUGUGUUGAAAAAAAUGGGGAUCAAUUUUAGCAUGUCCCUUUAGCUUAACAAAUGUAUCAUUCUCAUCAGUUUAAAUGAAAUUAAUUCUUAAUUAUCUCAAGCAUAAAUGAAUGUUGGGUUAAUAAUCACUGCUGUAAAUGAGGUCCCCUACCACACUCAACAAUUAUAUCAGUCUAUUCGUAUGGAGAACAGACUUUGUGAACACAGUUUGACUCCACGGCGAUUGAACUGUGUGCAUAGGAUCUGAGCGCUAUUCGGUACUUUUGUGCGCUCAGAUCCCAGUUAUCUGGGGAUGGGUUGCAUGUAUAUAUUUUGUGUGACAAAUGUAAUAUUGUGUAUUUUGUUGUAUUUUAGUGUUUUGUUGUAGCCAUGUGAGUAAUGGAGUUUUGCCUCUGUCCUGGGAGAUAAUUGGAUUACUUCCCAAUUAUCUCCAGGACAGAGGGAGGGAAGUUAGGAUGCAUUGUGGGGAUGUUUUACCUCUGUGUGUCUGUCAUUGGUUCAUGUCUGUCUUUGUCACAGUCUUCCAUCUGGUCCACUAGGGGAGUUUCCACCUGCAUAAAUACUGGGCAGGUAGCCCUCAUUAAACAGACCACUGCUUGACCCUCAAUCCAGAGCCUUGUCUCGUCUUUGGGGGGAUUUACUGUAUGCUGAUAGAGACUGAUUGCUAGGAGUGUAAGCCGCUUGGGUGCUUUUCCUAUUCGUCUGCUAGCAGCUAUUCGUGAGGUUCCAGUUCGGGAGUUUGGAGUGCUAUAUUGUAUGCAGUUCGGGAGUUUAGAGCAUUCCCUUAUAUGCGGUUUGGGAGUUUGGUGUUCUGCAGUAGCUGUGCCUGUAUGUCUGAAAGGGGAAGAUCUACUAAACGGCGGUUUAACCCUUUUAUGCUGAGGGUGCCGUUACAUAUAAAUACCUACCAAUAUCGAUUUUUUUGCAAUGUAAGUGAAAAUAAAAACCGUUAAACUAAAUAAAGACAUAAAUCCUGCACCUUUAUGUAUACAUUUUAAUUUUGGGAACCAUCAAGAAUUUUACAAUCCCUUUAUAUUACAUUUAUAAAAAAUGUUAUUGUUUGAAACAAUAAUGGGCUCCUUGUAAUGUAUGACCUGUCGCACAAAGUUUAGCACUAGCUACGAAGAAUUAUAAAGCAAACCAUGAAAAAGUUUACUUAUUAUUUUUUCUCAGUUUUGCAUAUUACAUAAUUAUACAAAAUUAUGAUUAUCAUUAUUUUUGUCCAGUGGAUUGUUUUGGAUGCUUAAUGUUUUUCCUUUGUACAUCAAGUACUGCCUUUUUCUAGUCAUUUUGCCAGAAUUAUUUUAACAAGCCAUUUAAUUUGGCCUUAACAGAUACAGAAAUGAAUUUGAGUACCAGCAGCUUCUCAAAGACAAUCUAGAACGUCUUAACAAGGUAAGUCGUCAUGUCCAUCUGCCUAUUGUAGAUUGUUUACAAAUAACUGAAUUCACAUUUAAAUCAAUUAUUAGGUUGUAACUAAUUAUUCCUUUUUUUUUUUUUUUUUUAUCUGUUUGAAGAUAUACACUAAGCCUACAAAAUAUUCAAACACAUUGGCAACAUUUUCCAGCAUUGAAUUGCACUCCCUUUUGAGUUUGGAAUGUGAAUAUUGGUCACAUGGUUGUAUUGUCAACAUAGAUUUUGUAUUUACUAAAGUGAAUUCAAAGUGAAUUUCAUAUUUAAGGUCAAAUUAUUCAAUUUGGAAAGAUUUAUCUAGCCAGCAAUGUUUGGCUAGCCUGACAUUUCAUUUGAAAUUCACUUUGAAUUCACUUUAAAUUCUCAUUUUAGUUAAAAAAAACUGCAUGUACAGCAAUGCAGCAGUUGUGGUUUCUAUAUGGUUCUCUUGGGAAUCAUAUCUCAACAAACAUCAAAUAUUCUUAAUUAACUCACAUUUAUUAAAACUGAUAUUUCAACAAUUGCAUACCAGCAAGGAAAACACCCAAGUAUCAUCUUAUAAAUGCAAAAUAUGAUGGAGUCAUCUGCAGAUGGUGUGUGACCCAACAACAUUAAAUUUAUUUAUUGUGGAAAAUAAGCAAAACAUUAUAAAUAUCGCAAUGAAAAUAUGUAAAUACCCCCUCAGACAAAUUCAGAGUUAAAAGUGACUAGCAAUAUACCCAAAACACAAAUGAUAUUGUACAAACUAAAACGGAGAAAAAAAAAUCACAUAAACCAAAACUUCAAAGUGAUACAAAUAACCGUCCCCUACGUGAUGACAAACACUUACAUAAGCAUAUGAGCCUACCACUAUGGAAUAACCAGGAAAAGUACUGGACCGGAAUAAUAUAACAGUAACAAAGUCCUUCUGCAGUGAUAACUCAUGAUGGUAUUGUGAACAUACAAGAGAACGAACCACACAUCAGUUUAUAGAGUUAAAAUAUCACAGAAAUAAGAAAUAUAAAUUGCACUAAAAUUUAGCAAAAUAUACCCCAUACUGGGAGAUAUGCCUGAAUAUUAUUUCCUCAUUGUGAGUGCUAUAUAUCUAUAUUUCUUAGGGCUGUUUACUCUAGUACCCACUGAAACAUCUAGUUUUAGUUAAAAGAGAACUCUAACAUUAGAAAUACAAACAUUUCUAAAAUGAGAUAUAUUCCUAACCUAUUUAGAUAUAUUCUCAACCUAUAGCCAUUAACCCCUGGCUGAGAUCUCCAUUACUGAUUAUCUCAGCCAAUCCAGUGCAUGCGCACUGCACCUAUCAGCAUCUCUUCUUAUCCUUUUUCUUAUCCCAAUGAUGUCUGCCGGGAGUGUUUGGUGUCUUUACGCAGAGCUUCAAGGUGCCGAACAUCAGUCCUGCAAAGCUUGCAGGAUCAUAAUAGUAAACAUCUCUGGCGACUGUCUGGAAAUUUUAUGGUUAUAUGAAAAGUGUUCAGAUGCCCCGUGUAAAAUACCCUUCAGUGUCUAUAUCUUUGAAAUGUAUGCAAAAAUGUCUUACUAUCCAUAAAAAGGACAGUAAUAACAUUUUUGUUAAAUGGAUUUACAAUUAAAAUUAUUAAUAAAAAGUUGUCUGUUGAGUCGUACUUGAUAAUAUUAUAUUUCAACCCUUGGGUAGCAAUGGUACGUCAAUCACAUCAUAAUAAGAGGGAAAUACACUUUAAUUUAAAUGUUUUAUUAGCUCUCCUUCAGCAUGUCGUAUAUUAAAAUAGCAGAGUGGGUUAUCUUGCUCUGAUUUAAUUGUAGAUCUGGACACCAUGGCAUCAAUUUGCAAAUUAAGUUGAUUGCUAUAUACAUGUAUGUUGAAAGAUCUCGUUAUGGAUUUUUAAGGCAUUUUAUUUGCAAUUGAACAAGUGAUCACCAGUAAAUGCAAAUCACUGCCUUAGUUAUCAAAUAAAAUAUUUAUGUUUGGAAAAUGGAUAUUUACGGAACGUAUUCUCUAAUUCAGAGAUUUUAAUAAUUCUAGUUGGAAAAGUAUAAUAAAUACAGAACUAAUUCAAAAUCCAAAAUAUUAAAAAACUGUAUUUUCAAUUCCAGUAUUAUUACCAAAUUGCAUUCUUUAUGGAUGUACAGUUUUAUUAAUAGACCAGUAACCUAGUUUGAAGCUUAAGAGCUCCAUUUUGAAUGCAAUUCUGCUGUUUUAUGUUCUAUAAAAAAAUAAAAUAAAAAAACAGGAAAAUAUGAUGGUACAUGGUUGCAAGCUUGCGGUCAGAAGAUUUAUAAAAAAAAAUAUGUAUCUCCUCUGCUAGAUGGACCAGCACUGAUUAACCCAUUUUGAUAAUUAUUGAUAAUUCCCAGAAAUUAAUAAUGAUGUGCUACACAAACUCCUAUGGCAAACUACUAUAUACACACAUACAGAUUCUUUAGAACUUUGCUUAUUUCCCACCCAGAUGCCACCAGAUGACUGGUUGACUAGUCAGUUCCUUUCGAUUUACCUUUUCUUUGCAUUUGUAUACUGUAAACUUGCUCCUGACUCCUCUGUAAUUGAACUAAACUAUAGAAAACAAUAAGCAAAUAAGUAACAUAAAUAAAACAUUACAUGAACUGCUUCCAAAUCAUAACUACACAGUUCACAUGUCUUCAACAGCCUUUAAUGUGCUAAUCUUCAUAUCUGUCUUUUUCAAAAUUUUGGGAAAUAAAACAAAUAAUAUAAUACUCUAAUACUUCUAGCUGAAAAGAAAAGGUAUCUGUUUGUUCGUUUGCUUAUUAUUUCGUUAAAGUGGUUAUAGUGUCUGGAGUCCCCUGGCACUGUCCUUAUAUUCACUGUUAAACUGUUAUUAAUGUUUUAAUGCAUAACAAGAGUUCCCAGCAGCCAAUCCCGCACUGCGGCUUGGGCAAUGAGGAAGCCAUAGCCUGAGAAACAAUGGCAGCAGUGCUUGGCUGAUACUGUCAACUAACUGCUUUCAACCUUUCACAGAGACCAUUGCUGCUAUUAAUCAGCAUGGUUAUAAUGAAUUGUACAAUCUCUGCCUUAGUUUUACCAACAGUAGUUGCCAGGCUGUAGGUGGCCAGGAAUCCGUAUUUAGUGCCAUCAGCUUUAAACUGUUUUGACUUUGAGUGUAGAUUGUCAUCCCUUUAAUAAAUCCAGUUAGAUUAAUUAGUUAUAUUGGCUACAGUAUCCGUUUAAGUUCUUGCUUACCAUCAUUGAACAGGUGGAAUCAUUUGUGAAUUGUAUUCAGUCUUUUAAUCUCAUAUUUUCAGGGGAGGAAAGUGAGCAUGGAACGGCCAUUUCAUUCAUAGAGGAACUGGUAGCCUAUUACAAUUUCUCAUGUAUUUUUACUGAGUUGUCAAAGGGAUGUUUUUGUUCAUUUGUUUAUACUAACAGUGUUUUGAAAUUCUCAUGUUUGUUCCAAUUUGCAGAGCAAAGCAUGGAUUAUUUUUGCAGCAACCUGGGAGUUAAAAUAGACUUGAGUUACAAUUAAUUUAAUUUUAUUGUAAGCCUGGCCAUUUUAAUCCAUUCUCCCCUAAUAUAAACGGCUCGACUGUGCUCGAGUCUCUCCCAUUCGUUCCUAUAAAUGCCCCUUACUCAAGUGGAGUUUCCUUUAUGUUUACCUGGUGAUUGUACUGUGGAACAUGGGGAACCAAUGCAAAAUUUAUUUUGCCACUAGCCAUUGGCUUGUGAAAAUUGAGUCCUAGUGAGUAGAUGUUCACUCCUGGUGGGCAUGCUAUGGAAGGAGUAACUCUUAAGGUCUAGCUAGCAGCAUAGGAGCUGACAAUUUAAUAAAUAUUAAUUGCAUUGUAAAUUAGAACUCCAUAUUAUAAUGCACAUUAUAUGUUCUGAUCCUUUUAAUUUUUUUAAAAUAAUUUAUUAAAACUUCAAAUCUACUCUGGAUAAAAUAUUAUGCAGCAUUUCACACAAAAAAAAGCUGGAUUUAUUCACUAUAAACUGUACAUAUCUGUUACGUGUCUGGAAAUGUGAUCUGAUUAUUACAAGCUGGUAAACCUAAUUACAUUUAUGGUUGUUUUGUUCUAGGAAGCUGAUGAAGCCUUACUAAGUAAUCUUGAACUUCAAAUUGAAUCUCAGUUCCUGCAAGAUGAUAUUAAUGCAGCAAAGGACAGGUACAAGAAGGUAAAACAAAAAUGAUUGGUUCACUAUAACCACUGUAAUAGUGUACUCUAACAGUGAACCAGUGAAGCAUGGCAUCCUAAAAGCAGUAUAUCCCUGAUGGCCAGUGACUGAUUGAUCACUAAAUUUGUCCAAAAAACUAAAUGUAUAGCAGUGAACACAAAAAAAGUGUAAAGGUACUUCAAUAUAAACAAUGAUAUAUGUCCUCCCCAAACCAAACCAAAACGAUAGAUUAAAAAAAUAUAAAAUACCCAAGUGCCUAAACUCUCCUCCUUGGUGAAUAAGUAUCGACAACAGAUAUAAAGAUCACAAUGUUAGAUCCAAAAAAAGCACAAAACAACAAAAGAAAAUAUAAUAGCGUAACAUGUAGAAUAAUAAUAAUAAUAAUAACAAAAACUUAGAACCACUCACAAAUUAUAGAGUCCUAUACGGGCUCUGUAAAUCCAGCAUAAGGGUGACUUCUUCACAGACUACGAUAUAUAAAACCUGCAGUCCAGAGAUGCCAGGCAAAAAUAGUAUUCAAAAAAUGUUUAUCGAAAAUAUAAAAAAAUAUGUCAAAUGCAGGGUCACAGCAUCAGCAAGAAUAACUAGAAUAAUGUACUCUCACCUCUGGUUUACCAAUAAAUGCAACACAGAAAUCCCCUUCUUCAAGGUGCAAUAAGUCAUAACCCACUCGAUAGAGUCGAUCAGAUGAUUUAUGGAAAAAAAAAAAGAUGAUUGAUGGGUAAUUUACAACAACUAAAUUUAAAUUGUAUUCACAGAUCAGGUAAGAAUUGACCAACAGAGGGGAAAAGGGAGGCGCAGUGUAAAAAAACUAUACUUAUUUAUUAUCUAUUUAAUAAAUAUAUAUGAUAUGUAAAUAUAGACCUUUUUCCUGCUCCUCCUCUUUUUCCCUCUACUGUGAACCAAACCAAGUGUGCCUAUUAGUAUACUGAAAAAUAUAAUCAUAAUAUUAUGGUUAGGAAUAUAUUUUGCAAUACACUCAUCGGCCCAUUUUGUGACCACAUUUUUUCGUGCAUAGUUUUUCAUGAAUGACGUUCGGCCAAACCAGACCCUCACAUGAUAUUGCAAACAAAAUGUCAGUCAAUGGGCUGAUCUCCACAUAACGAAAUGGCAAACACCAUUCUCAAUUUAGGCUUCAACUGAGACAUAUUGAGAUUUGAAACAGCUGUUUCUUAAUCUCUCCUUUGCCAGUGAAACAUUGUUGGGGUUUGGCAUUUUUUCUCUAAAAUCUUUACACUUAUUUAUUAUUUGUAUUUUCUUCUUCGACCUUGAAGACAAGUAAUAUUGCAUUUCUGUAUAAUACGUUUCUUGUGCAACAGAAUCUCAUGGAAAUUCAGACGUAUGUCAACAUAUUGCAACAGAUUAUCCAGACAACUCCUCCCGUGAAAGCUAUUACAGCUGGCAUGUAUGAGGUAAGGUUAUAUAUCCAUAGCCUGAAAUGUAAACCAAGAAAAAUACUGUCUUUUACCCCAAACUAAUAUGCUAAUUAAUUAUAUAUACACAUUACACCUUUCAUAUAAUGAGAAUAAACCCCUACUGGUAAAAAUGGUAAAACCUAUAUAUUUACAUUACUCUCCUUCCAUAAUUAUGAAUUCAUAUUUUAUGUCACCUUUCAUUACUCUCCGUCUAUACGCAUUUGUUUGUCGUCUCUUUCUAUCCUUUCAGUUUCAAACCCUUUUCACUGAUUGUGUCUUGGCUCAAUGUCUUUUCAAAGCUCUUCAUAGUUAUAAUUAGUGGAUAAUUUUAACUGGAGUUAUGAUAAAAAAAGUAAGUGCGCUUGGUUGGUGUUAAAGUUAUGGAAUAUAUAGUUACAUAGGCUGAAAAGAGACAUGCGUCCAACAAGUUAAGCCUUUCUCACAUCUGUUUUUGCUGUUGAUCCAAAAGAAGGCAAAACCCCAGUUUGAAGUGCUUUCCAAGUUUGCAACAAACUAGGAAAAGUUGCUUCUCAGCCCCAGAAUGGCAGUCAGAUCUCUCCCCACUUAUUAAAAAUUAUUUUCCUAAAUAUUAUGUUUUUGCAAGUAUUCAUCCAGUUGCUGUUUAGAUGUCUGUGCAGACUCUGAUAAAACCACCUCUUCAAGCAGAGAAUUUGACAUCCUUUUUGUUCUAACUGUCAAAAACACUUUCCUUUGCUUUAGACUAAAUCUCCAUUCGUCCAGUCUAAAUGGGUGUGUCCUAUGAAUAGAUUAGAUUUCUAGAAAUUUUUUCUAAACUGCAGAUUUAAAUGUGUUAACCGUUCCUUCUAACUAAAAUCUUUCAUUCCCUUAAUUUAUUUUUAAGACCAUGUCUGCACUUUUUAUAGUGCCAUAAUAUCCUUCUUUAGAACAGAUGCCCAAAAUUGCACAGCAUAUUUAAAGUGUGGUCUUACCAUUGAUUUGAGGCAAAAUUAUAUUUAUAUCCCAAAAAUGAAUGCCCCUUUUUAUGCAUGACCAUACCUUACUGAUUGGCAUUGCAUAUUGUUGCAACAACAUUAAAUAUUCAGUGAAGAUCUUUAUUUCAUAUUUGAUUCUCAACUGAGCAGAACCUACAAUGUCUUUUUUUUAUCCAGUUAAUUUAACUUAAUGUGUGAGUGUCAUAUUGAGCUGAUUGGAUAAGUUAGCAACCCAUUUUAUAUUGUAGUAGUUUGGGCCCCAGAUGCUGACUGGCUAGGUGAAUUUUUAAAGAAUGAUUGAGGUGGUUCAUCACAAAUUAUAACCAAACAGCCAAACUCAUUCAUCAUGAGAUCCAUGGAGAAAUCUGAUUACCAAUUUGAAAGUGAUAUUAUAUUUUCUUACACACAAUUAAUAAAAAAAAUAUUAUCCACUUCACAACAUGGUAGAGGAAAUGUAGGGGCAAUGUGUUCAGCACUUACCUGGUGAUAAUAUCACUCCAAACCCCACAUGGAGUAGAGUUGAUCACCAUAACUAUGCCCGAUUAAUCAUUGGUCCUGUCUAUGCCAUUUGCUGAAUGUAUUAUUGUGUUUUGUUCAUUAUUUUCUAUAGAGUGGGCAUAACCAGGAAGAGUUUUUUAUUUUUUUGAUGGCUUUUUUAGUUCCAUCAGCCAGUGAACAUUUGAGCGUAAUCUACUAUACGGGCAAGUGUAUAUCUAAGAGGAUAUAAUAAGUUCUUCAAUUUUUAUCUUAUGUACUGAUAACCAGCUGCGUGUCAUAAAUCUGUCAAAAAUAUAUUUACUUCAAAACAAAAUACAUUAAGCUUUCCUCCAGAAUGACAAUAUAAGAAUUAUUUCUUGUGUAUGAACACUUGAGGUUUCUUAAGUGCAACCACUCAAAAAUAGAAUUUCAUGACUGCCAGUUAUUGUUUUGAAAACAUCUAAUCAUUUAAAAUAAUUAUUCAAUUAAAUAAUGUGCAGCUGAGCUUUUAUCAGAAAACAUAUCGGAAAAAUGAAAUCAACACAACAAAUGGCAUUGGUCAUUUCAAUCCUCACCUAGAAAAAACAGCUGUUUUGUGUAUUUUGCUUGAAGAAUGUAGUAAUUAUUUUGCUGGUUAUUACGUGGUUUCCUUUUUAAAAUGUUUACUUCAUGCCUCUUUAUAUGUGAUAAGAAUAUUUUGUAAUUUAUACUAUUAAGGGCACUUACCCUGUUUUCAACCAACAUCAAUAUUUCAAAGAUAUUUUCACAUCCGUUUUAAAAAGUGGGUCCAAAAAACUUGACAGAUAGUAAUCAUAAAUGUAGCAAGUUUUAUUCAAUAAAUAUCAAUUUCUAGUAAAUCAGUUAUUUUGGUGUUCAGUGAAUAAUCUACAAUUUGUGCAAUGUUUAGCUAUCACAGCUGAAUUGGUUAAUAUGAUAUAAGCUGGACCAUAUUUUCUGAAAUAUAACCUGUAGCUAUAUAUUUAUAGGACAUACGUGAAAACGAGAGAAAUCUCAAUGUAUCUUUCCUGGUAAAAUAUUUUAUAAAUAAUAAAUAAAUAUUGGAGUAUGGCCCUAGACUAAAAUGAUAUUGCGCCUUUUUCAUAUAAACCGUUUAUGAAGUUAAUAUGGUCUAUAGUUCUUUUGAAUUUACUUUGGUGCUAAUUGUGAAUAACAGAUAGUAUACCAGAUAAACAUCUAUUCUCAUAGACAUUAUUUAUACCCAUAGGAAAAGUUGCUAUCUGAAAGAAGGAUUCCCAUAUUACAGACUCAACUCGAGGAAUAUAAGAGUAUCCUGUGUCAACUGCAAGCUCAGAAGUCUAAACUUCAGUCUGAUGUAAGCUAUUUGAUAAUACGACAUGUCUUGUUCUCAAAUCGUGAAAUUCUGCAAAAUUCUAACAAACAAUGUAUUAUCUUGCUAGCUACCAGGGAAUUCACAUAAUACUAAGUAAUGGGAAUACAUUAUGGAAUUUGGGAAAUGAAAAUCCAGCGAACACAAUUUACUAAUCAUUUUUUCCUUUGCAAAACUCUUCAUCCUCUUUUAAUACAGGCAUCGUUAUAACAAUUCCAUUCUUCUUGAAGAGCUAUUAUUAUGAUAUGCUUCUUCUUAAAGGAAUAUCAAAGUCUCCCAGGCCACUUUAUCUGAAUGAAGUGAUCUGGCUGCAGUGGUCCUGUCAUUUUAUUCCCUAACGUUAAAACUAGACAUGUGCAAUUCGUUUCGUUCCGAAUGUAAAUUUAGACAAAUUUCGGGCAAUUCAUACAUUCGGAUGCUUCCAAAGUGCCAAAUUUCCGAAGUGCUGAAGUGCCAAAUUUCAGAAGUGCCGAACCGAACUGAAGUGCCGAAGUGCUUCGGAUUUCUGGAAAAGUGACAAAACAAUAGAAAAUUAAUAAAAUUAUGUGAAUGAUGAAAGGGGUAGGGUUAGGGGUAGGGUUAGGGGUAGGAGUAUGGGUAGUGGUAGGGUUAGGGGUAGGGUAAGGGGUAGGAGUAUGGGUAGGGUUAGGGGUAGGGUAGAGUUAUGGGUAUGGUUAUGGGUUGGGGUAGGGUCAUAUGUAUAUAUGAGAAAACAAGGGGCUGGCUGCAUAUAUAUAUGAGAAAACAAUGUGCUGGUUUUCUCACUUAUAUAUAUGGAGUUUAGCCAACUCCUUGGUUUUGCACCCCUCCCUGUCACAGGUGCCUCAUCCCAGGGCCCUAUUUAGCCUUGUCCUGCAGAGAACUCGAGAUGGAAUUUCUUUCCCCAAGUAAGUAGCUCAUUUAGCAGACAUUUGGCUCUUAGAGUAAGACCUGCCAACGAUGGGGUACAUUGAAGUUGUGUCAGGCUUAUGCAAUGUAUGAUCAUGUAAUGUAACUAAACCCCCAUUAUUUUUUGCCUACACAUACACUAGCUGACAAACACACUGACAGACAUACACAUUUACUGACAGACACACACUCUCAGUGACAGACAUGCAUAAACACACUUACAGACAUGGAGACACACAUGGAUAUACACACUGACAGACACUGAAACACGCAUACAUACACUGACAGACACACAUACACAUAGACACAUGCUUACACAGACAGACACAGACUCUCAGUGACAGAUACACACACACUGACAGACACACAUACACACUCACUGACAAACACAUACACUCUCAUCACCCUAACAGACACACACUAACUCUCACUAACACACACACAAACACACACAAAUACUCAGUUACACUCACUAAAAGAUACACUCACUAACAGACGUACACUAACACACUCACUAACAGACACACACAAUGUCACUGACAGACACACUCGCUAACAGACACAUUUACUAACAUAAACAUUAACACUCACUAACAGACACACACACACUCUCACUAACAGAAACACAUGCGCUCUCACUAACAGACACACUAACACUCACUAUUAGACACACUCACUGACAGACACACUCACUAAUAGACACACUAACACUCACUAACAGACACACACGCACUCUCGCUAACAGACACACUAACAAUCACUAACAUACACACACUAACACAAUUACUAACAGACACACACUAACCCUCACAAACACACACACACGCACUAACACACUCACUAACAGACACACACAUUAACACACACACACACUAACACUCACUAACCAUUAUCUAUUAUCAUGUGACUGAAGUACAUUACCUAUUCACAGGAAUGAUUGCAAGACUCAGUGCUAACAGGACAUAUAGAGAUAUAGUGAUUUCCAGUUUCCGCUGUAAAUUUUGCUUGUUUCUGACAGUAUGAUGUGUUUCCAACAUUCUAUACUUUUUAGUAGUUUCUGUUUUUUUUUUUAAAGCAAUGACUGGGACAUAUUACAGCAUCUAAAAUCUUUGAAUUGGUAUUCAGUGUACUCAGCAUAAUGCCCACAAAAACAUGUAUGCAGGACAAUUGUAAAUCCAUUAUACUCACUAUUAUAGUUGUAUCUCUAUAAUAAUGACUGGAUUUAAUUUUUUUAAUACUUGAAUUUAGUAACACUGUUCAAUAUUUUCUUCUCACUGUAAAUGCAAUCGAACCGAAGAAAAUGGUGUGCAUUAGCCUCCAGUGUUUACAUUUUUUGUGUUCUGGUGCCAUCUUGUGUAAUACUCAGUGUACUACAAAAAAUACUACAGAAUAAAUGGAUUACUAUUAUUAUUAUUAUUAAUAUUGGUAUUUAAACAGCGCCAGCUUAUUCCACAGCGCUUUAUAGUAAAAGGGAUAUUUACCAAAUGAGACAAUAACAAAAUGUAACAGGAACAAUAGGUGGUUGAGGACCCUGCUCAAAUGAGCUUACAGUCUAGAGGAGGUGGAGUAUAAAAACACAAUAGGAAGGGUAUUGAGGAAGACAGCAAAUCGACAUGGUGGGAAAGUAGCAGAGCUGGAGGUGAGAGUGGAGUGGGACCCUAAAGGAGAGAGCAAGAGGAAGGAUUGAGAGAUAGAAGUUACUUUUAGAGGCUGUAAGUAUUCCUGAAAAGAUGGGUUUUGAGGGACUUCUUAAAUGAUUGAAGACUAGGGGAGAGACUGACAGGGUAGGCAGGCUGUUCCAAAGGAAAGGAGCUGCCCUUGAGAAGUCUUGCAGGCAUUAAUUUGCAGUAAGGUUGCAAGCAGCAGACAGGAGAAGGUCACCAGUAGAGCGGAGAGACCGAGAGGGGGCAAACCUAGGAAUCAGUGAAGAAAUGUAAGAGGGGCUAGAGUUGGUUAGAGCUUUAGGGGAUAGGAAGCCAGUGUAAGGAUCGACAGAGGGGUGAGAUGUGAGAGGAGCGACAGGAGAGAAAGAUCAGCCUUCACCACAGAUUGAAGGGGAGCAGUACGGCUUCUGGGGAGACCAAUUAGGAGAGAAUUACAGUAAUCGAUGCAAGAGAUUACUAGAGCAUUAACAAGCUCCUUGGCAGCCUCUUGCGUAAAAAAGGGGUGUAUGCGGACAAUGUUUUUAAGUUGGAAUCAACAGGUUUUAGCAACAAACUGGACAUGAGGCACAAAGGAGAGGCCUGGAUCAAAAGUGACACCAAGACAGCGAGCUUGAAAGGAUGGGGUGAGGCAGGUACCUUCAACCUGCAGGGAGAGUGAAGGAGGAGGAUCGGUGUUAUGAGGAGGAAAAAUUAAGAAACUCAGUUUUAGAGAGAUUGAGUUUUAGAAAGUGUAAGACAUCCAAUCAGAGAUAGAAGAAAGAAAAUUGGUGACAUGUUGUGGGGCAGCAGGGGAGAGUCAGGGGAGGAGAGAUAUCUGGGUGUCGUCAGCGUACAGGUGGUAGUGGAAUCCAAAUGAAUUAAUGAGUUUGCCAAGACAGGCAGUAUAGAGAGAGAACAAAAGGGGACCAACUGGGACUACGACUGAGACAGGAAGAGGAGAGGAGGUACUGUUGGAAAAAGAGACACUAAAGGAGCGUUUUGGCAGAGAUAGGAGGAGAACCAUGAGAGGGCUGUGUCACAGAGACCAAGAGAUUGAAGAGUUAGGAGAAGGAGGCCAUGAUCAACAGUGUCAAAAGCAGCAGAAAGGUCAAAAAGAAUUAGUAUGGAGUAGUGGCCUUUGGAUUUGGCUGUGAUUAGGUAAUUUGUAACUUUAAUAAGAGCAGUCUCAGUAAAGUGGAGGGGGCGAAAGCCAGAUUGAAGAGGAUCGAGGAGGGAGUUGGAAUUUAGGAAGUGAGUCAUAUGAGUAAAGACAAGUCUUUCUAGAAGCUUUGAGGAAAAAGGAAGCAGGGAUAUGGGCUGAUAUUUGGAAGACGGGUCUAUGGAUGGCUUUUUUAGGAUGGGUACGACCAUCAUUGUUAAACACAGAUCUGCAUUCCAUUGCUUUUACCACAGAAAUCUCAAAUUUGCAGUGAUGUUACUACUGCAAAGGAUUCUGGGUGGGCAUAUGCAAAUUAGUUUAACAAAGAAUCGCAUUUUUGCCUAAUUAUUCCAUUUUAUUCUCCACCAUAACUUUGCUGAUUUUUGCUUGACAAAUAAAUGGGCAUUUCAAAUUAAGCUUAAAUGGUUAGUAACUGGAAUGUUAUCAGCCAGCCCAGAACUAAAGAUCUGGGUUGGCUAAUACUAUUUUUUUUGGAAAUUUCAAUGCACAGAAUCUAUUUAAUUGGCUGAUAGUGGUCAGCUGAUGCUUUCAGCCUAUUAAUGCCUGACAAGUUGGCAUCCAACUUCUGCAGCUCUACAGAAGCUUGAUGUCAGAAAUUCUGCAUGAAAGGAUACCCAGUGCCCAGUGGGGCCAGGUAAGAUAGCAAACAACUGUAAAACAGUUUACCCUAAUGACAGGGAAUUACACAAAGGUGCUCACACUCCCAUAACCACUACAAAGAGCUGUAAUGGUUGUGAUAGUUGGAGUAACUCUUUAAAUAAAUAAAUCAUCUAUGCCCUACAAAAAUCUUUGACUUUUCUUCCAAUCAAUUAUAGGGUAAAAGAGAAACAAUUAUCAGAACAUGGCUGAUUGAAUUUGUCAGAUUGAUAAAAUCGGACAUUAGGGGGAUUUAAUGAUAUAGUGAGUAAAGUUAUUGUAGUGAGUGAAAGGGAUUUAGAUACAGUGCAUUUUAGACAUCACAUGAGCCUUAGAGCCAUACACUUCUGGUAUGCUAACCUAUAUAUGUAUUGACACAACAAUGGUUCAAUCUAAACCUAGUAUACAACUGAUGGCUUUUGCAAUACACGAGUUUAAAAGAAUCUGCCUGCAAGGCCCAGCUUAUAUUCUGUUGCAUUUAAUAUACUCGUGUUAUUAGUGAAUAUGGCCUAGGAAACGAAUGUGAAUAUUGUACAUGUCUGUAAUUAUACAUUAACCACAUGACUGAAAAGGUCGAAUGAGUAUAUGAGUACGCAUUCUAUUUACUAAUAAAUCAUAACAGACACAAGUCAUUUUUCUUCUUCUUAUUAUUUGUUUUUGUAGACUACCAUGCUAGAUCAAGCCAUUAAGAACACGCAGGAGAGUUACGAUGAUGAGAUACAGCUUUACAAUGAACAGAUUGAAGUUCUGAGGAAGGGCAUUGAAGAAGCUGAGAAGAAUUUAGAGAAGUAUACAAAUGAUUGCCGUCAGCUAGUGAUAUAUCAACAGUCGUUGGAAAAUGAGCUGGAGAGAUACAAACGUAUCAUUGAAAAUGAAGAUAACAGGUACAUUUAUAAUACAUUAAAUUAGGCUUAAAGAAAGGUCUAAAGGUUCAUCAAGUACAACAUAUCAUGCUGCUGUGAUAAGUGUGAGAUAUUAGUGGGAAUGGAAUAUAUGGAAAAAUCAAUGGAUAGGUCGUUAUUGAUCCAUGCAGUCAGAAGAGCCGAUCUGAUCACAAUGACAUUCACUUUGUCUUCUUUAAUUAUUGAUAUAUUAUCUUUUUUAAUUAUUGAUGUAUUUUUAUUGUUAAUGUUUAAAAAGGGUUUUUAUUUGAAAGCAGCUCAUUUAAAUGCUACUUUUUAUAGUUUAUAUGACAUCAUACUAUUUUUAUACAAAUUGUUUUAUUACACGUUAAACUCUGGAAACAUUUCUUUUAAGCAUUUGAGUCUACAGAGAACUUCAAAUAAUUUGGUGUGGCAUGGAAAACUUUGUUAGAGACGUGCAAAAACACUUUGGGUAUUAAUUAUCCGAAAUACCCAUGAUGCUCAUUUCGAUUUUUACUAAGUUGUAUUUAGAUAUAAUAUUAUUUCAGUUUUCAUAUUUAGAUAUUGUCUGACUUUAAAUCAGCAUUAGAGAAUAUUUUUACCUUAACAGAUGUCCAACGAGUAGAAUAAUAUGUGACAAAUGUAUUUUAUAUUCCUAUGUAUGUAUGUAUUUUAAUUAUGUUUUUUUUUACCAGACUGAAUUCUGCAAUCGUUGGAACUCCAAUUACACUGAUCAUGCAAAGCUACAAAUCAUCUCAAAAGUCGCCAACAAGAGGGAAAGGUAUUGAUUCUGCAUUCGUGUACAGGAACCAAAUCAGUGAACGUACAUUAAAAUGUAUAAUAGUGAAAAAUAUUACAGGAAAUAAGUAUUUCAUAUUUAACUAUGAAAUAAUAUCACCCUUGGAAAAAAUAGACCCCCAAUCCCAAGUACCAGACGUUUAUCAAUUCAAGGUCCACAAAAAUCUUCAUGUCAGCUGUUCACUUAAAGUAUAACAGAUAUAAAAUUACCAUUUGAAAUUGAAUAACAACUGGACUUGUAAAAUAGUUGAUUUGCUAUUACAAUGUAGCAGAUCAGCUAUUCAUCAGGCUUUGGAAUGUUGCCAUCUUUUUAAAUAGAGCUGGAUCAUUUGUCCAGAUUGAAGAUUUUUAAUAUAACUGUUCUGAUAAUAACAUGCAUUACUUGACAAUUGUUUUUUUAGACCAGCAAGCAAACACUCUUAAACAAAUAAACAAACCAAAAUAAAACAAGAAAAAAACUUACUAUAGAUUUGAUCAGAUUGCAUUGUUGGACACACUUUUCAACUAGGGGAGUUUCUGCUGCUUUCCCACCCCCUCCCUCUCACCCAUAGAUCUCAGUUUAAGACCGGUCCACUAUGUCAGAAAAAGGGCAUCAUUGGGCAGCAGCAAGAGAGAGAAACCGGACAUGGAGCCUGCUCUGCAUGAUCUCACUGAUCGGAUUUCCUCUCUUCUGUCUCUGUCAAGGUGUUGCAAGGUGAAUUCCAAAUGGACAUGUGCCAAUCAGUCAAGCAUACCCAAUGCACUUUUCCAGCAUUUUUAGAAAUAGGACACUGAUUGGUUAGACCCAUGUAUCCCCUGGAGUGGGUGAGAAAGAAUGAGUAAGAACAAGCAGGUAAAUAUAAAACGAAAUCAUAUUUACCUGCUUUUUUCAGCUAAUAGAAAUCUAACCCUUUUGAAAGUGGUAACAGUAAGGUGCCGUAUGGCAAACAAUUUAAGAUAAAAAUGUAAUAAAUAUUACACUUGGAGGCAAACUAAAUGAUGCCCCUUUAUCCAAUAACUCAACCAUGGUGUCGGUUUCAAAAGAAAUUCAUAAACUCAAUGAAUGAGAACUCAAUUAUUACCUCCUACUUCACCACCCCUUGCUUAGUGAAGCGAGGUUUCAUAUACUUGGCAGGGUGAUCCCAUGGCUAUGCUAAUCCUCCUGUCCUAAUCAUUUGGCCAUUAGGGUGGCUCUGUUAAGAGAUGUUGUAGGUAUCUCUCUUUUCCUCUCAAACCUCUUGUGGUAAGUGGCAGGCAGUGUCUGAAAUUGUCAGAUUCCUUGAUGGCUGCUCUACCGCUUCAUUUAUAAUACAUUUUUACUGUGAGAUCGCACAUUCCCCAUAAUCAGCUUAUGCCCUUGCACUAAAUUUUCCAGCAAAAUGAAGCCACAUCCAUCUCUUUGCCGCAUACUCCCUCAUUUUCCACCUUUCAAUGUGUAGAGUCAGGGGGCACAUUUAGCAAGAAAAAAAACAUUAAUUAAUUAUCAGAUAUUAUAAAUGUUAUAUGCUAUGACAUUUGGGUAAAAGUAGAGCAGUUUAGAAAUUAAAAUUGUCAUAAUUUGUAGCUAAAAACUUGUUGUUUUUUAAUUUUUGGAAUGUAAAUGUAAAGGGACACUAUAGGCACCAAAACAAAAACAAAAAAUCAACAACUUUAGCUUAACAAAGUAGUUUUAAUGUAUAGAUCAUGCCUCUGUAGUCUGCUGCUCAAUUCUCUGCUAUUUAGGAGUUAAAACACUUUUUUUAUACAGCCUUAGCCACACCUCCCUGCAUAUGACUUACACAGUCUCCCUAAACACUUUCUGUAAAUAGUCAUCUAAUGUUUACACUUCCUUUAUUGAACAGUCUGGUUUAAACAAAUAACCAUAACAUCAAGUUUAAUAAACCCAGAAUGAUUUGAUUAAAGAUACGAAGAACCUGAAGUUCACACUGGAAGGAAAAACAGAAAACAUAUGUGGGAGGGAUAGACAAUUAGGGUGUGAUAAAAUUUGCUUCCUGUCUUUUAUAACGUUUCUAUUUUCCUUUACCCAGCCGGGGAAAAUCUUGAAUUUUAUGUCAGACAGAAUGUUCCUGUUAUGAAUGGUAAAAGCUAAUAAACAAACAAUUAAAGUAAAACUAAUGUGGCAACAUGAGAGAGAUGGGGGCUUAAUAUAAAAAGUCUUAAGCUAGGAACCUGAGGACCAAUCAGCAGCUUUUAAAAUAUCAGAUAUGGAACACACUGCUUGAAAUACUUUAGAAAACAUGACUCCCCUUGUAGAAUGAGCUCCAAGACAAAUAAGUAGAUGGGGCCUGAUGGAAUACACCCAAAGUUAUUAAAUGGCUUAGUGGUGUACUAACAAAACACAGCCAACAUGGGUUUACUUCAGGGAGGUCAUGUCAAACUAAUUUUAUUUAUUUUUCUUUGAUUGGGUAACUAAAAUAAUAGAUCAGGGUGGUGCAGGAGACAUUGUUUACCUAGAUUUCAGUAAGGCUUUUGACACUGUUGCACACAGAAGGCUCAUCAAUAAACUGCAAUCUUUAAGUUUGGAUUCCAAUACUGUUGAAUGGGUUAGGCAGUGGCUGAAUGACAGGCAACAGAGGGUUGUAGUCAUUGGAGUAUAUUCAAAGCAAGUUCUUGUUACCAGUGGGGUACCUCAGGGAUCUGUACUUGUAUCUAUGUAACAGGGUUGAUGUUCCAGGAGGGAUAAGCCAAAUGGCAAAUGAUUGAGGUAAACUAGAAAAAUGGUCAGAGCUGUGGCAGCUGACAUUUAAUGUGGAUAAGUGCAAGAUAAUGCAUCUUGGACGUAAAAACCCAAGGGCAGAGUACAGAAUAUUUUAUAUAGUCCUAACCUCAACAUCUGAGGAAAGGGAUUUAGGAGUAAAGGUGACUUAAAGGUGGGCAGACAAUGUCAUAGAGCAACAGGAAAUGCUUGCAGAAUGCUUGGGCGCAUGGGGAGAGGAAUUAGCAGUAGAAAGAGGGAAGUGCUCAUGCCAUUGUACAGAGCACUGGAGAGACCUCGCUUGGAGUAUUGUACGCAAUACUGGAGACCGUAUCUUCAGAAGGAUAUUGAUACCUUAGAGAGAGUUCAGAGAAGGGCUACAAAACUAGUUCAUGGAGCACAGGAUAAAAUUUACCAGGAAAGGUUAAAGGAUCUUAACAUGUAUAGCUUGGAGGAAAGACGAGACAGGAGGGAUAUGAUAGAAACAUUUAAAUACAUAAAGGGAAUCAACACAGUAAAAGAGGAGACUAUAUUUAAAAGAAGGAAAAUUACCACAAGAGGACAUGGUCUUAAAUUAGAGGGACAAAGGUUUAAAAAUAAUAUCAGGAAGUAUUACUGUACUGAGAGGGUAGUGGACGCAUGGAAUAGCCUUCCAGCUGAAGUGGUAGAGGUUAACACAGUAAAGGAGUUUAAGCAUGCGUGGAAUAGGCAUAAGACUAUCCUAACUAUAAGAUAAGGCCAGGGACUAAUGAAAGUAUAUGUAAAAUUGGGCAGACUAGAUGGGCCCAAUGGUUCUUAUCUGCCGUCACAUUCUAUGUUUCUAUGUUUCUAUUAAUGGCAAUACCUGCUAACUGCAACAUGGAACAAACCCAUCUAACUAGAGUAUUAGAAGUGACAGGUAAGUAUGGUUUAAAGAUUAAAUAUAAGUAGUCUAGGGUAAAUGUCAGAUCUAAGCUAAGAAGUCUAUAAGCUUAAAAUAUAACCUUAUGGUUUGAUAAUGACCUACUAAUGGUUUGAAAUGUUACUGAGAAGUACUGGAUUGUUUGUUUUUAUUUGGGUCAUUGGCUGGUUAAUGGAUGGGACCAGAGGCCUCUUAAAAGCUACAGUGAGUAGUGGUCUAUCUUUUAAUUACUAAAUAGUGUUUUCUGCCAUCAAUGUAAUAUCCUAAUCAAGACAAAUGUUUCAAAAGAUUUCCCAAUUCCGCAAGAGUUUUUUUUUUUUACCUCCUAAUUGAUUUAUCUAUUGAACCCCAGAAAUAUUGUUGAUCUUAAGAAGAAUGUGCAGCAAUUGACUCUGUCUUUUGCAAAACUAUUGAAAGACAAAUAACUAGCUAGUAGAUCUAGAAAAUUGAUAUGAAGGUGAGAUUCGUCCCAGGGCCAAUUACCUCCAGUGGAAAGUCCUCCACAAUGAGUUCCAGAACCGUACAGACUUCAUCGGAUUCAAUAAUAAGGUCUGGUUGAGAGCCAAACAGGGCUCUCCCAUUCCAAGCUUGAAUAUACUUUAUCUACCAUAUAAGUUACUCUGUGGUCUCUUCUGUGACUGAAUGCUUGUUCACAUAACUGGGACUAUUUCAUAAAUAUUUAACCUUCAAAUUUUGUAGGGCUUGGUAAUGAAAUGAGGGUAGGAACAUUGCUUGAAUGGAGGAAGCUUGAUGUUCUACAAUUGAGCUAGAGCUCUAAGACAUAUGAGGUGAAUUUCAUUUCUUUCUUUAGCAAUUUAAGUUUUCUAACUGGUAAACAAGAGUAAGAGUUGCUUGGAAAUCUAUCAAAAAUUCGAGGAAUUGUGUGUUCUGGUGUCGGUAAAUUGCAGAUGUCUUAUAAUUUAUAAUAAAACACAACUCUGUUAGAAGGGAUAAUGUCCAGUCCAGGUGAAGAUUGAUUGUCUGUAAAGAUUGUGACAUCACCAGAAUGUCAUCCAGAUAAACGAUUAAUCUCACUCCCUUGAUUCUCAAAAGAGAAAUGACCAACUAUAAAACUUUAGUAAACUACCAAGUAGUUGAAGAAAGGAUAAAAGUAAUUUCUGAUUUCUGUUUUUAGGAUGCAAUUCAGGUUUCAUAUCUACUUAAUGAAAGAUAGUGGGACAUUCAGCACUUUAUUUGUUCCUUGUUAAUUUGUCCAGUGGUGUUCUCAACCAUUUUCCAACCAUUCAGCUGGAAGGGUGGAAUUGUGCUAAGCUUAGGGUAAAACAAUAUAAAGAGAUAAAUGGAUAAUAUCACAGAAAGAACUUUUUAAAUAUGGCGGAAGUACUAUGUAACGAAAGUUUGCUAUAACAUACAUUCUAUCCAACUAUAAGAUAAGGCCAGGGACUAAUGAAAGUAUUUAGAAAAUUGGGCAGACUAGAUGGGCCGAAUGGUUCUUAUCUGCCGUCACAUUCUAUGUUUCUAUGUUUCUAUGUAAGAGCAAUAUAAAUAAAAUACUUAUUUUGACGCAGGAUCAGCAAAGAAAGAGAACGGGAGUGAUAGGAAUGUGUCUUAUAUAGUAUAUGAUGGCUCCUGAUUGGUUUAUGAGAGUUUUGUUCAUGUUUAGUUGCACUUACAAUGUUUUUUAUUUCCAACUUGCUUGUUAACACAUUGUUUGCUGCUCUGGAGUAGUAAAGAGAGUUUAAUGCAUAACAGAAGCCUCCUGUGUGACAUAAAGGCCCUGAUUUCAUAUUAUUGCAUAUGCUUUCCAAAUGAUUUAAAAUUUUUGGAUAAACUUUCAAAUAAUUUUUUUUUCAACAUAUUUAAAUAUCACAAAAUAUAUUAAAUUAAAAAUAUAUGAAUAUAUCAAAAUAUUAAAACAUUUAAAUAUUGUUCAUAAUAUCAAAUCAUUUUAAUGGGUUAUUAAAAAUAUUGCAUAAUUUGUGAAGCUUAUCCAAUAAUAUUAAAUCAAAGCUAAAGUUUAAAAUUCACAUUGAAUUCUCACGUUAAUGAAUAACCUUGUUAGUUUUCAAAGGAACACUCAAACAUUAAAUAUGAACAUUUUUAUUUUUUAUGUUAGAUUUAGUAAACACUAUUAGUACAAUUAAAAAAAUAUUACAAAAUCUUAAAAUUUUACAGUAAUUAAAUUUUUCUAUCAGCAGCUGCACCACUUAUGGUGCAAUCCUCAUUACUAAUGAUCUCUGGUCCAAUCAGAUGCUUCUUGUAGAGAAAUACAGAAGACUUUUUUCCUUUGUUACAUUAUUUGUUACAUUGUUUGAGCAAAAGUAGAUGCAGUGGCUUUGAAAGUAUAAUGCUUGGAUUUCCAUUGCAAUGUUGCACAUUCAACCAAAUGUAUUGCAAUUUUAUAUGCAAAUUUUCAUUUUAUUUUGUAAUUUUAAUGAUAUUUUACAAACUGUCUCAGUCAUCCAAUAUUCAAGUCAUCAGAUAUUCAUUAAGGAAUACUUUCUUGAUUUAGAAAUGCUGACAAUUAACCAAGAGAAAAUAGCUUAACUCAUUCUCAACAAUUACAAUCCAUUUCCAGUUUACUAAAUAACUCUCAUUGAUUUUUUUAUAUAAAACAAAGAACCUCACAAAAUUAUAUCCUACAUGGGGACUUUCACCUCUUUCUCAUAACUUUGUUUCACUCCUUUUUUGAAGAUGAUACCUUAUUUGGAAAAGGAUAAGAAUGUGGCUGGAUAAUAUGGGUCAUUUUAGGACUCAGGAAAUCAUAUUCAUCUAAGUUCACUGCCAGCUCAUAAAUUAAGAUUUCUGUCUUAAAUUCCUCCCACCUGUCCUUAUCUUGUCUUGCCUCUUUUUACUGGUGUUCGUCAUGUCUAUUUCGCCAUAUUUUUUUAAAAAUUUUUUUAUCUGUGCUCACAACAUUUUUUUAUUUAUUUGACAGAUAUAACUCUGGCCAUACAAGACAUUGCUACUGCAAAACCAAGACAGAAAGGUGUCACACGUAAAACAUCAAGAAAGAAAGACAUAUCAAUGGAUAAGGGUGAGAUUAGUACUGAAGAUAGAGCAAUUGAGCAAAAACAAGAUAGUUUAGACACAGAACAGUCAGAAUUUAAAUAUGAUACUUUUUCAUAUGGGGAAACUGAGAAAGAUUUUGAUUUAAAUGAGAGGGAUGUACUCCCAGACGAUGUACCGGAUGGAGCACAAAUAAGUAAAGCAUUCGAUAAACUAUGUAAUAUUGUAAGAGGUAGAAAGAGAGGUUACACGAAGCCAGAGCCUUCUCCAGAUUUGUUCACCAAGGGUCGCUAUGUGCUUGUAACUGGGGAGUCAAGUUAUUUAGACCCUUGCUUCAUGUCAUCUAUACCACAGGCAGGAGGAAGGGUUACUGUUAGUAUUAUCCAUGAUGUUACACCAGAGGAUGAUGUUGUGUUACCAAUUCCUGAAUUACCUGAGCCUUCAGAAUCUUCAGAGAGUGAGGAUGGUGAAUCUGGCUCUGAAGACAAACAAGAGGAUGACCCAGGUAAUAAGGAAACAAAAAAGGAGGACGACGAUGGCAAAGGUGAUCACAGAGGCAAACAGACAGAAGAUAAAAAGAAAGAAGCAAAGAAGCCUCCAGUUGACCCACAAGCAGAAGAUUCACAGUCGCAUGGACUCCGCUCCAGUUCUGAUUCAGGGAACCUUAGCAGAUACGGAAGGGACAGUGAUCAGGAUAGUGGGGCUGACAGUUUAAGAUCUUUAAGGACGAGACAUUUUCCAAGUUCAAUGAGUUAUGAGAAAGUUGAAGUGGUAGAAUCGAUUGAGAAGUUCUCAGAUGACAGAAUUAAGAGUUAUGAAGAAACAGCUGUGAUCGUAGAGACCAUGAUUGAAAAAACAAGGAAGAAGUAGAAUCCAAGAAACAUACUCUUAAAAUACAGACGAUGUCUCCUCUGAUAACAUAUUGUAUUGAUUUUUAUCAGUGAGAUGUGUUUGACAUACACUUUACAUAUGAUAUUGAACUAUUUAAGUACAGUGGCAGGGACUGAAAUAAAAUACAAUGCCUUGGUGAAGACACAGUUUAGAAUGUUAUGAUAAAACCAAAUAAAAUGUGAAUUGGUUACUGAAAAGCAGUAAUAUAAUUGGAAUGAUUAUUAAAUAACAGUAUAAACCUGCUAAGAUAUCCAUAGACAGCUUACCUACUGUUCACUAAUAACAAGCCACGAUUAAGGUUUGCCAAAAUCUCUGAAUAAUUAUGUAAAUCAUAUGCUAGCUGCUCCGUUAAUUGAUGUGGAUGUAAGACUGGUUCAUUUGGCUAAUUUGCAUUCCAAUAAAGAUUUGGCUUUUUGAGCAUUACUUACUAAUGUUACUAAUCAUUAUUAUCUUCUACCUGUGUCUCAUAGCUUAAUUUAGUAAAAUGUUACAACAGGAACUUUUAUGAUCAUUCAAAAUUCCAAGGUAACAAUCACAUUUGUCAUCACACAUCUACUAAUUAUGGUGCGGGUGCCAAAAUAAAUGAUCAAAAAUGUAUCCCCAGGACUCCCUCCUUUGCCUCUAAUAAGCAUUAGUAAGGUGAAUGAUUAAAUAAUCAUAAUAAGAAAUAAAUCCAGUAAUAUACAAUUAUUUUAUGUAUGCUUAAUCUGGAAUAUUUGACUGAGAAUAAUAAACCUAAUAUAAUGUAACUAUCAAAAACUGGCACAAAAUAUGCAGACUAUAAAAAUAAAAAUAAAGAAAAAGGCCUUGCAUAUUUGCAUUCUUUCCUGGCUUCUCGCUGGUGCUCCCUUGCAUAGUCAUUAUCUGAAUGCACGUCCAACUAGUCACAAUGUAGCACUUAAUGCAUAAUUAGUCAUACGGCACAACUGGCAAGAGUUUGCUCAAAGAUUUCCCCAAUUGUUUUUCAUUCCUUGGUUUCAAGUGAAGUUCAUACAUUGAAGUAAACACAAGGAAACCCCAUUCACCUUUAAAAGUCCACCUUUAUUUACCAUUAUUAGUAUAAAGGUCUCAUGGUGAGCAGCAGUGAUGGUGCCCACUGAAACCACUUCUCCGGUAGAUGCUUCCAUGUCCAUCACUUUGAAGUAAGAGUCAUUCGUAAUUUAUAGAUACUACUCCAUUACUUUACAGGGAGUUUUGUGGUAUACUUUUAUUCCUCAACUGAAAGUUUAUCAGUGGGGGAAUAGAAGUAUCUCGACUCAGAC